ACUAAGACACAAACUAUACAAACACAAUUCAUCAUACACUUCAAAAUCUUCUCCUCAAACUCUGAGCUUUCUUUUGCAAAGGAGUUAUAGCUAGCAAAACAAUGGAUCAAAACCAAAGCAAGUAUCAGGUUUUGAGGGAAUAUUUCAAUAAUAGACAGUUUUUGAAAAGAACUUUGCAGUUUGUUCUCUCAGUUUCUGUGUUUUCUGUUUUUGUUUGGUACUCUUCUGGCUUUUCCAUACACCCUCAGUCCUUCAAUGCCUACUUCUCCACGUGCCUUUUCUCCAUGUUCACUCACACCCUCGACAGAAAAUACAUGUUCCUCGUUUGUAACGGAAUCCUUGCAUUUGUAGCCAAGAUGUCACUCAUGAACUCUUCAGAUUCGGACUUUGACCUGUCAGAGACAAAAACAACAGUUUCUGACAUGGUAGUUGCUCCUCUGGUGGUUGAAGAACAACAGGGGCAAGAGGAAUACAGUGAAGAAGUUUCAGAAGACGAAGAGCAAGAACAAGACACCAAAACCGAAGGAAGAGAAAGUGAAGGUUACAUUACUGAAGAGGAGAUCAAAGAAGGAGAAUCAGAUAGCGAGGUUGAGAUGGCACUAGAUGAUGAACUUGCAGAAACAACUACUACAACAAACAAUGAAGAGUUAUUAAAUACUGAUGAACUGAACAGAAAGUUUGAAGAGUUCAUAAGGAAAAUGAAAGAAGAGAUAAGAAUUGAAGCUCAAAGACAGCUUAUUGCAGUUUAAUUAGUGCAUUGAUAAAAUAAAAGAAGACAAAGAAUAAAGUGCUUCAGUCUGUUUCAAAUAACUAGAGUUUAUUGAAACUUAGUCACUUUUGUUUGCAUGUUUUCCAUCUUUUAAGCUUCUUUCCUUUUCAGUACGCAGAA